AUACAGGAUCUUUGCUUGACCGUGACGUCACUUCUGCCUCGAGUCCAACAUGGCGAACAUUCGGUGUGUCAAGGGUAUGGUUGGUCUGGUGACAGGUGGGGCUUCAGGUCUGGGACGGGCCACAGUGGAGCGUCUGGUGCAGAGCGGGGCAUCUGCUGUGAUUCUGGACCUGCCCUCCUCUGAUGGACAAAGUGUGGCGGCCAGUAUGGGGGACCGAUGUGCCUUUGCCCCAGCGGAUGUGACAUCAGAGGCCGACGUUCAGUCAGCUGUCAACUUGGCGAGAGAGAAGUUUGGCAGAUUGGACCUGGCGGUGAACUGUGCCGGUAUUGCCGUCGCGGUCAAAACCUACAACUUUAAGAAGGAUGUCCCUCACAGUUUGGAGGACUUUCAGCGCGUCAUCAAUGUGAAUAUCGCAGGAACCUUCAAUGUCAUUCGCUUGGCUGUGGGAGCAAUGGGCAAAAACGAGGCCGAUGCUGAUGGGCACAGAGGAUGCAUCAUUAACACCGCCAGCGUGGCAGCCUUUGAUGGACAGGUUGGACAAGCAGCAUAUUCAGCUUCGAAAGGUGGCAUUGUUGGAAUGACCCUUCCCAUUGCAAGAGAUCUGGCCCCGAUGGGGAUCAGGGUGAUCACCAUAGCACCUGGUCUGUUCUCCACUCCCCUUCUGGCCGGGCUUCCAGAGAAGGUGCGCUCCUUUCUUGCCCGCCAAGUGCCCUUCCCUUCCCGUUUGGGUGACCCAGCUGAGUUUGCCCACCUCGUGACGUCACUAGCAGAGAACCCCAUGAUAAAUGGAGAGGUCAUUAGACUUGACGGAGCCAUUCGCAUGCAACCCUGAGUGUCUGUGUGUGUUUGUAUGUGUGUGUGUGUGUGCGUACAAAUGUAAUUACAUUGUAAAAAAAAAGCUGCAAGAUUGAAUAAAGGCCACCAUAUCGUCUCUGAUUGGGAAUAGAUGUGUAAAAAUGUUGUGCAGCAUUCAGUACAUACUGUAGCAGUACUUUUUACUAUCCAGUUUUGUAAACAAAUGCACAUUUAAAUAAACCUGUAAUACCUGCA